AACUUUAAAAAGUCCCUUUGUAAUAUCAAACCUAUUGAAUUUGCACUGUGUUUCGGUAAUACAUAUAAAAUCUUCUGCGCUAUCCACAAUUUCUCUAUUUCUACCAGUUUACUCGUAGUUAGUCCUUGAGUGUUAAUUAGUUUUAUAUUUAGAUUUAUAUCUAGUUCAUCCUUAUCCUAUUCCCUAUUUCUGGUGUCGAUGAAUCUCAAUAGUUUGCCAUCUCUUACAUACCAUCCUUGUUCUCCAUUACUUCUUUUAACUUUAAGUUGUUCUACAGCUUUUUCUGAGUAAGACAGAGACAUGUCUCCCCCACACACAACCCCCCUCCUCGUGCUGACGAGGGAGCGCAUCAACACGCUGGUGGCCGAGCACAAGCAGGUGCUGGGGCGCGGCGCCUCGUGCACGGUGUACCUGGUGGGGGUCGGCGGCGCACUGUGCUGCCUCAAGGUGGCAAGGGAGCAGCGCCUCGCCGCCAUGUUCCGCAGGGAAUUUGACAUCCUGCUGGACCUGGACGGUGCGGCGGGCGCCCCAAAGGCAUUGGGCACCAGCUUUGGAUUUCCCGCCAUGCUCACCACCUUCCGCGGCCAGAACACCUUCUGCGACCUGCACAACCUUGCUCCCCGCGACGGUGACAAACUGGCGGCCUUCGUGGCGCUGGCCCGGGACGUGCGGCAGCUCCACGCCCGCGGCUACGCCCACAACGACAUCAAGCCCGACAACGUGGUGGUGCGCCAAGGCGCCGACGGCCGCCUGCAGGUGUCCCUCAUUGACUACGGCUUGGCCAAGACAUUCGGCACAGGACUCCGCAUCGCGCGCACGCACACGCAUCGCACGCCCUGGAUGGCCCCGGAGCUGCGGCGCGGCGCGCCCUGCUCGCCCCCCGUGGACGUGUUCUCCCUCGGCUACGUCCUGAGGCGCAUCCUGGCCACGUGCCACACGCGCUACCCCGGCCUGGAGGUGCUGGCCGACAGCGCCAUGGCAGCAGACCCUGCACAGCGGCCCUCGGUGGCCCAGAUCAUCAAGACAGUCAGGAUGUACGCGGGCGAGACAUCCAGGAAGGCGGCCUUUGUCCGGCGUGUUCGCAAGGCCUUUUCCUGCCUCUUCCCGCGCCGCCGCCAUUACUAAGGAGGAAGGCACAUCAGGAUUUCUUUUGCUAACGGAUGAAGAGUUUUACCAGUUCAGUUCUUUCCUUUGGAGCCAGUUACUCUACGCCCACCAGGGGUUGAGGAAUGCACUCCCCUAAGUUAUGUUAUGGAGGAAGACAAGUCAGGGUUUCUUUUCCUAACGGAUGAAUGGAUUUACCAGUCCAUCUCUUCCCUUUGGAGCCAGUUACUCUACACCCACCAAGGAACACACUCCUUAGUGGAUGUAACUUUCUAUUUUCUCAUCUACUUAUCCAUCUAUCUAUAU